UGGAGGCGGCGCUCCGGCUGCCACGUUGAAGCGGAACGUGGAGGAGCUCUGGGCCCUGGCAGGAGGCGCCCGAGCUGCCGCCGGUUGAGGAGGAGGAGGAGGCCGCAGCCGAGCCCUUCCUUUCCCGGAGAGGGCGCCUGGCCGGAGCCACCGCAGCAGCAGGAUGAAGUUAAAAGAGAUAGACCGUACUGCCAUGCAGGCAUGGAGUCCAUCCGACCACCAUCCUAUUUACUUGGCUACUGGCACAUCUGCUCAACAGUUAGAUGCAACCUUCAGCACCAGUGCUUCCUUGGAAAUAUUUGAACUCGACUUGACAGACCCAUCACUGGAUAUGAAGUCUUGUGCCACUUUCUCCUCUGCACACAGGUAUCACAAGCUGAUCUGGGGUCCUCAUAAAACGGCAUCUGAUGGGAGUCUUUCAGGAGUACUUAUUGCCGGAGGUGAAAAUGGAAAUACAAUUUUGUAUGACCCAGCUAAAAUAUUAGCUGGCGAAAGUGAAGUUGUGAUUGCACAGAAAGAUAAGCACACAGGACCUGUAAGAGCUCUGGAUGUCAACAUAUUCCAGACAAACCUAGUAGCUUCCGGUGCAAAUGAGUCUGAGAUCUACAUCUGGGACUUGAACAACUUUGCAACACCAAUGACACCAGGAGCCAAGACGCAGCCUCCUGAAGACAUUAGCUGCAUUGCGUGGAACAGGCAAGUCCAGCAUAUCUUGGCUUCAGCGAGCCCCAGCGGCCGUGCCACCGUUUGGGAUCUCAGGAAGAAUGAACCAAUCAUCAAAGUCAGCGACCACAGUAACCGGAUGCACUGCUCAGGGCUGGCUUGGCAUCCUGAUAUUGCUACACAAAUGGUUCUGGCUUCAGAAGAUGACAGACUGCCUGUAAUUCAGAUGUGGGACCUCAGGUUUGCGUCUUCACCACUUCGCGUCCUGGAAAGCCAUGCAAGGGGCAUUUUGACCAUCGCUUGGAGUAUGGCAGAUCCCGAAUUGCUGCUGAGCUGUGGGAAGGAUGCUAAAAUUCUCUGUUCUAAUCCAAACACAGGAGAGGUGUUAUAUGAACUUCCUACCACUACCCAGUGGUGCUUUGAUGUUCAGUGGUGUCCCAGGAACCCUGCUAUCCUCUCUGCUGCUUCUUUUGAUGGGAGGAUCAGUAUUUACUCAAUCAUGGGAGGAAGCCCAGACAACCUGCGUCAGAAACAAGCGGACAAGCUGUCAUCAUCCUUCGGGAAUCUCGAUCCCUUCGGCACAGGCCAACCCCUCCCUCCGCUGCAGCUUCCACAGCAGACCACUCCCACAGUCCUGCCACUGAAGAAGCCACCCAAGUGGAUCCGCCGGCCUGUGGGUGCAUCUUUCUCUUUUGGAGGGAAGCUGGUUACAUUUGAGGCUAGCAAGCCUCAGCAGCAGGGAACAGAUCAGCCUCCGCCCCGCCAUCAUGUCUACAUCAGCCAAGUUGUCACCGAGAAGGAAUUCCUGAACCGUUCUGAUCAGCUGCAGGAGGCUGUGCGAGCAGAAGCUUUCAUCAACUAUUGUCAGAGGAAGAUUGCUGCUGCUAAGAAUGACUUUGAGAAGAACGUGUGGUCUUUCUUAAAGGUGCAUUUUGAAGAGGAUUCCCGUAGCAAGUAUCUGGAACUCUUGGGGUACAGGAAGGAUGACCUGGGAAAAAAGAUUACUUCGGCUCUCAGUAAAAAUAGUCUUCAUGGUAGAGAACUAAAUGAGGCUGUUGAGGAAGCUGACCAGUCUGUACAAAGUGAUAACGAAGAGGGCCUGGCUGCUAAAGAUCAGCACUUGGCAGAGAUUACCAAAGAUGAGGUGGAUGUACUGCCUUCUGCAAAUGAAACAUUUAACAUUUCUGUCACUGGAGAUAUUGAUGGCUUGAUCACUCAGGCUCUGCUGACAGGCAACUUUGAAGGCGCAGUUGAUCUCUGCCUCCAUGACAAUCGCAUGGCUGAUGCGAUUAUACUGGCAACAGCUGGAGGCCAGGAGCUGCUGUCCAAGACACAGAAGAAAUACUUUGCAAAGACACGAGGCAAAAUUACUAGGCUCAUCACUGCAGUUGUGACCAAGAACUGGAAAGAGAUUGUCCAGUCUUGUGAUCUGCACAACUGGAGAGAGGCUCUAGCAGCCGUGUUGACUUAUGCUGGGCCAGAUGAAUUUGCAUCUCUCUGCGAUUUGUUGGGUGCCAGACUUGAAAGGGAAGGCGACAGCCCCCUGCAGAUGCAGGCUUGCCUGUGUUACAUUUGUGCUGGGAAUGUAGAGAAACUGGUCGCCUGCUGGACUAAAGCCCAGGAUGGAAGCAAUCCGCUGUCCCUCCAGGACCUCAUUGAAAAAGUGGUCAUCCUCCGUAAGGCCGUCCAGCAGACACAGGUGAUGGAUGCGGAUGCUGUAGGAGCUGUUCUGGCUGAAAAAAUGAGUCAGUACGCCAGUCUCUUGGCUUCGCAGGGCAGCGUUACUGCUGCAUUAGCUUUCCUGCCUGCUAACACCAACCAGCCAAACAUCGUGCAGUUGCGGGACCGAAUUUGUAGAGCCCAGGGAGACCUUCCCAGGGGCCCAGAGGCACCCAAGGCACCUUAUGCGAGAGAACCUGCAGCCAAGGGAAGAGUCGGGCCUGCGGCUGGCCAGAUGCCGAUGCCACAAGUCCCAGUCCAGCAAUAUUAUCAGCAGGUUAGAGUUGCCCCUACUGUCACUACCUGGAGUAACAAAACCCCCACUGCCCUUCCCAGCCAUCCUUCUGCAGCCUCUCCCUCUGAGACACAGGGAGAGAACCCGGCUCCUCCUCCUGGGUUUAUUAUGCCAGGGCCCGUCAAUCCGAAUAUACCACCCCAUCAGCCUGCAGCUCCGGGCUAUAUGUACCCGCAGGUGGGAGCACGACAGUCAUAUCCACAACCUUGUCAGCCAGCACAGCAGUAUUCUUUCGGAACGGGGGGACCAGCGCUCUAUCAGCCCCAACAGCAGCCUCUUGCACCUCCUGCUUCAGCCCCCUAUGCUAACCCCAACCCUUCUUACAUGCCCCCUAACCCUCCCAGUUCCAUACCUUCUCCAUUGUACCCAGCUCAGCCCCAAGCCUCUCCAACAAGCUUGAAUCCAAAUUCUCCCCUUCCUCCUCCCCCUCCUCCUGGCGCCUCUUUCCAGCAUGGCAGGCCAGGAGUCCCAGCCUCUUCUAUGCCGUAUGCGCUGCCUCCUGGACCAACAGGUACAGAGCCUGCAUCCUGUGAGCUCGCUGCAUCCCAAAAAACAGAAUAUCAAUCCAUGCAAGAUCAAGCCAGUAUCCUGCUGGGUGAAUUAGGACCUCAGAAUGGCUGGAAUGAUCCUCCUGCCUUGAACAGAGUCCCAAAGAAAAAGAAGGUACCCGACAACUUCAUGCCUCCUGUUCCCAUCACAGCUCCAAUAAUGAACCCCCUGCAAGACCCGCAGGCUCAGCUUCAGCAGCAGCCUCAAGCUUCAGCCCCGCCUGCAACACAAGUCCCGUUUCAGCCCUCGCACCUUCCUCCAGGGCAGCCGGUGCUGCAGAGCCCUUUCCACAGCAUUCCCCAGCCUGGGGGCCAGACUAUCCUGACCCCUGCUGCAUCCACACCUAGCAUGGAAGGAGCACCGGGAGCUCCCAUUGGCAAUACCAUACAACAUGUGCAGUCCUUGCCAACGGAGAAGAUAACCAAGAAGCCCAUUCCUGAGGAGCAUGUUGUCCUAAAGACCACCUUUGAAGCUUUGAUCCAGAGAUGCCUCUCUUCAGCUACAGAUCCGCAAACUAAAAGAAAACUAGAUGAUGCCAACAAACGCCUGGAGUCUCUGUAUGAUAAACUUCGAGAUCAGACACUCUCCCCAACGAUAAUCAAUGGCCUGCACAACAUUGCCAGGAGCAUCGAAACACGGAACUACGUGGAGGGGCUGAACAUCCACACCCACAUUGUCAGUACUAGCAAUUUCAGUGAGACAUCGGCCUUCAUGCCUGUGCUGAAAGUAGUCCUCACCCAAGCGAAUAAACUAGGCGUGUGAAGUGGGCUUCCAGCGAGGAGCGUGCUGCUUUGGAAGAGCGUGCAAAAGGGACCGCACCUCAGCCUCUAGAGCAUGACGGGGUAGAAAGCUGGUCACUGCAGUGCCCCUGCAAAUGAGCUUCAUUUUAGAAGGGCUAGUGAGUCCUGGUGCUGCUGCUUCCUCUCCUCAUCUAUUAUUCUUACCUACAGAUAAUGUAUUUAAUUACGCCACCCCAUAUUGUUCAUUUUAAAUGCAUGAUACCUGCUGCUUUGACAGUGGCUUUUAAAUACAGGAAAGAGAGAGGAGUUUGUGUGUAAGGCUGACCUCGAAAGAGAUUCCUCCCACAUUCCUCAGCAUCAACCAAUUAAAAGUUCCAGAUUCUA